AUGUCUACGUACGACUCAUCACUUCUGAACCAGUUUCUACCACAAUACUACAAAAAAAUAUUUCCAUUUAAACCGUAUGUGAAAUGGUUAUGCUAUAAUCAGAAACCCGGUGAAUACUUUGCCCGACGUGAGUUCGCGUUUAUUCUGGAGGAGGAUGUGCAUCUUCGGUAUCGGAGUUUUAACGAUCAGAACGAAUUCGAGACUGAGCUAUGCAAAAUCAACCCUCACAAAUUAGAUAUUGGUGCCGUUUACUCUCACAAGCCGAAGGACAACAAAAAACACUCGGAUUUCAAAGCCGUGGAGAGGGAGUUGGUGUUUGACAUAGAUCUUACUGAUUAUGACAAUGUUAGGAAGUGUUGUUCCGAAGCAAAGGUGUGCGUGAAAUGUUGGCGUUUUGUGUCUCUCGCAGUCCAAGUUCUUGACAAAUCACUUGAUGAGCACUUCGGCUUCAAAGCACGUAUGUGGGUAUUCUCUGGUCGACGUGGUGUUCAUUGCUGGAUUGGAGACGAGAAAGCGAGGAAGUUGACUAACGCUGGCCGUUCUGCUGUUGCUGAGUACCUUUCGUUGAUUGUGGGAGACAAACUUGAUAUGUACGCUGGACGAUCCAGUAUGGCUAAGAAGUCGCUGCCAGUUCAUCCUAUGGUGGAGACAGCGUAUCGAGUGGCAAUGGAUUGCGGUGAACUGGAUGCAAUGGUUCUUGAACAAGGAUGGCUGGAACUCGACUCAGCACUCGAAGUUCUGAAGAACUGUGAAGAUCAAGAUCUUCGAGAAACUCUUCGUUCGCAGUUUCAAGAGGUAGACAGCGCUGAACAAAGAUGGAAACUACUUAAACGUCACUUUGAUGAUAAAUACCGAAAUGAAAUGGCACGAGCAAAUCAAGUUGUUCCAGAGCGAGUUAAUGGUCCAAGUAGGAAUUUUCUGCGAUGGUUUGUCCUGUGGCACGCUUACCCUCGGUUAGAUGUAAACGUUUCAACAGGUUUGAAUCAUUUGCUAAAGUCGCCGUUUUGCAUCCAUCCGAAAACUGGAAAUGUUGCUGUACCUCUGGACGUUAGCAAGAUUCACGAUUUCGACGUGACAAAAUGUCCUCGUGUUGAUAUUCUCAUCAACGAACUGUCGAAGAGUGUUGCCGAUGAAGAUAUGAAGGAAAACCGAAAAAUUCUAGGCUACAAACAUACCUCAUUAGCACCAUAUGUUGAAAACUUUGAGAAAUUUAUAGACACAACCCACAUCUACAACAUCUCCUACUUAUUUCUGGUAGAUCCUAAGGAAAAUUCCUGUCGUUAUUGGGGGAAGGAACCAUCGGCAGUUCCUUGGACAAUCCUUUUCAAUUAUGCUUUCAUUGCCGAUACAUUGACGACUGUUUCCUUAUCUGCUUCACUCAUACGGAGAUGGACAAUUUUUUCAAGAAAUCCCAGAAAGGAUCCAUUACACCAGAUCUAG